UUUAUUAAAUCAUAAUAAAUAAUAGCGACGCGUAGGAUGGCAACAAAGCCUGAUGACGGCUGCGAAACAACGUACAGCCGACAAUUCCGAUCCAUUCCCUCGAUUCUUACUCGGAAGAAGUUGUUUCUCUAGGUUUCCCCGUUUGCCUGGCUCCGGUUCCAUGUUUUCUGACCCUCCGUAACGUUGAUUACUCCUCCACUGGCGGCGGGGGCCCCACCGUAAAUGUCUCUCGUGCAAACUUCCCCCACCGUCGAUUGCGGCCUCACCCCCGUUUCCAACGCCACCAGCGCGAUCUUGACAGCCGUCGAUCACCCAAGACUCUCGUCGAAGCGCAAAUUGGACGACUAUGGUGGUCCUACCUUUGACGAUGGUGAGGACGACGACACAAACGACGCCGUAUUCGCCGAGUUAGUCUCCGUCAGGAUGAGAAAAGAAGAACCCAACGCCGUUCACUCCUCUUCGGACUCCCAAUCUCGAGAUUUCACCUCCUCCACUGCGCCCUUCAAUCCUAGGGUUCCCGAUGCCCGAUCGGCCUUCUAUUCAUGCUCGACUCGGACCGAGUACCGGCUGCAGUUCUUCAUAAGAAUGAUCCCCGAGGGGAAAACUAUGGUAUUCCAAGCCUACACUCGCGACACCGUCAGAUCGGUUCACGACCGAAUCCAAUUGGUGACGGGGAUCCCAAUCCAUGAGCAGAGACUGAUAUAUCGGGGAAAGCAACUCCAGUGGGAGCGCACGCUCGCCGAGUGUUCGAUCCAAAACGACGCCGGACUGGAAUUGGUGGGCCGCAUGCGCAGCACCGAACACCCUCACGCUUGGCAAGUGGUGGACGACAUCGUUUCAAUGGUGUGCCGCCUUUGCCGAGGCGAGGCGAUCCCUUCGGCGAAACAUGUUCAACUGAGGAUGACGGAGUUCUUGACGGUCACUCCAAAGGACGAAGAGCGCGUCCCCGGGCAUUUGCAGAUAUUCCUGUCGUGUUCGGCCCCGGCCGCAUUGGUUAUGCUUUAUAUGUCGCCGAUCAAAGGUAACAAAGACUGUGCGGCUAGUUCGAUAAGGCAUUUUUUGAAUUCAAGUCGUAAUUCGUUGCCGAAACCGUAUCAUAAUUAUUGUGCACCUAUAGUUCUAGAGUUUUGUAAGUUGCUUAGGAGAGCUGCGCAGGAGGACCCUUUGUAUCUGUCAUGUCGGAGUACACUUGGGUCAUUGUUGGAAUCGAUUGGGUCGUCGGAGAACUCGAAGAGAGUAAUUUUAAUGCAAGAGAUUUUCCCAUUUGUUAGUGAGUUGGCGACUAGGUUGUCCAGGGAUUUAGUUCUGAGUAUGGAAUCGCCCACGAGUGUGGGGCCUCUGUUGGCUGAUGUCCGUGAUUUUGCGGCAUUCUUGGUCCUCCUGCGGACUGAGAUCACGGAGCAAGUUGGUUUUCAGGGCCCCAUUUCUGUGUCUUUGGAUGGGGAAGGAUAUAAGCACCCUUUGUAUGGGGAGGAGAUUGAGUUUCUUCAUCUUUUGUUUAUUGAUUUGUUGAAGAGAAUGGGAGAGUGCCUCGAAAAAAUGGAGUGUUUGGUCGUUAAACACAAGGGGGAAAAUGAAACUAUUUAUUCUGGAUGGUCUCAGUAUCUUGCCAUAUUGAAGGAGCUGAAUAGCGUUUCCAAACUUUAUCAGGGUGCAGAAGAAGAAUUUUGGAUGGUUUUGAGGCUUAGAAAAUCUUCAAUGUGUGCGCUUGUCAAAUAUGCAAAGCGUACUGAUGAUCAUCAGUGGCUUCUUGAGCGAAAGGAUGUUACUGAUUUUGAAUCUAGGAGGCAUUUGGCGAUGAUGAUGUUUCCAGAGGUAAAAGAAGACUAUGAGGAGCUGCAUGAGAUGCUAAUUGACAGGUCUCAAUUGCUGGCUGAAUCAUUUGAGUAUAUAUCGAAGGCAGACCCUGAGGCUUUACAUGCUGGUCUCUUUAUGGAAUUCAAAAAUGAGGAAGCCACAGGUCCCGGUGUAGUGCGGGAGUGGUUUUUUUUAGUAUGCCAAGCUCUAUUUAACCCAGAAAACGCCCUUUUUGUGCCAUCCCCAACUGAUCUUAGAAGGUUCUAUCCUAAUCCAACGUCUAAGGUGGAUCCCAUGCACCUUGAAUAUUUCAGUUUCUCUGGUCGGGUGAUUGCUUUAGCUUUGAUGCAUAAAGUGCAAGUAGGUGUUGUCUUUGAUCGCAUCUUUUUCUAUCAAUUGGCUGGAAAGUGCAUUUCUCUGGAAGAUAUAAGGGAUACGGAUCCAUGCGUGUAUAGUAGCUGCAAGCAGAUUCUGGAGAUGGAUUCAGAUUAUGUUGAUUCAGAUGUUUUAGGACUAACAUUUGUUAGAGAAGUCGAGGAGUUAGGAUCCAGGAGAGUUGUGGAGCUUUGCCCUGGUGGGAAAAGCAUUGUUGUGAAUAGCAAGAACAGGGAGGAAUAUGUUAAACUUCUUAUUGAGCACCAGUUUGUGAGAUCUAUCUCAGAACAGGUAUCACAUUUUGCUCAAGGUUUUGGUCAUAUUCUUUGUAACUCCAGGCUCCAGAAGUUCUUUUUCCAAAGUUUAGAGCUGGAAGAUCUUGAUUGGAUGCUUUAUGGAAGUGAAACUACCAUCUCCGUUGAUGAUUGGAAGGCACAUACUGAAUACAAUGGCUACAAAGAAACCGAUCCACAGAUCUUCUGGUUCUGGAAAAUUGUUGGGGAGAUGACAGCGGAGCAGAGAAAGGUUCUUCUCUUUUUUUGGACUUCAGUGAAGUAUUUACCGGUGGAAGGUUUCAGUGGCUUGGCUUCCCGGCUUUACAUCUACAAGUCCUCAGAGCCUAAUGGGCGCCUGCCUUCAUCCCACACAUGCUUUUACCGGUUGUGUUUCCCUCCAUAUCCAUCAAUAGCUGUCAUGCAAGAUCGCCUUAAUGUCAUCAGCCAAGAACAUGUAGGCUGCAGCUUCGGUACUUGGUGAAAUUAGUUACAUAUGCAUUUGGGGUGAAAAGGGUUUUUGACUGCACAUAAUCAAGGUUGUACAGAAUAUAGGAAUAUUGUGUUUGUCAUUUAGACCAUGCUGCUAUAAUCCUCUUGUUUUCGGUCCUUUCCAGUGUCAUUGCUCUUUUGUCAACUGUUUGUAUAGGUAUGGUAUAAAUAAAGCUGGAAGCAGGGAAAAAAAAAAUCUCUCUGCUUCCAUGAACUUCGUUCCUAGUAUUAGAUAUUGGCUUAUCAUGACGUGUAAGUACACAGAGGUUAUGCAAUGACAUGCGAGUUUAACUUCUGAUA